AUGACUAUACUUGACUGUCUAGGCAUUUCACAAGGAUGGAGUGAUCCGGUACCAGACAACACACCUGUAGUGACACUAUCCAACCCACUUCCCACCCCAUUGCCUGACCCAGAUGCGCCGCCUACACCAGCUCCUGGAACAAACAGUGAUGAUCCCAAUGCCUAUGUGGAAAAGCUGUUUCGCAGCUGGGCAAAAAACUCAUGCCUGGCUUUUUUGAACAAUCAUUUAUCUACUUACCGUGAGUGCAUCAAUCAGGGAAAGUCACAAGCGAACGAUUAUGUACAUGAGGUGGUGAAAGAUUACUUCAAACGAUAUCACUGGAAGUUGAAGGUAUCAGACAAGCCUUCUGAGAACGAUCCAUCACAAACAGAGUCGGACGAGUCUCUGUCCCCAGUCGAACUCAAGCAGAAAUCGCAAAAGAUUAUUGCAAUGCAGAAGGCCAUCAAGAGCUGGCUAGAUUAUUGUGCCAAGUCCUCCAAGAAGUUGCUUCGUGCGCAAUGGCAAGCCAGAGAACAACAAAUGGAUUCGGCUUCUCAGCCAACUUUCUGGCGUCCGACGAAACAAACUGAAGACCUUGCAAGCACACCAGUGAUGUGGCGCAGUGCUGGGCUACCUAGCAAGAAGAUGGCAGCCUUCCGUGACAAGAUCACACGCAAGUGCUUCAAAAAGCUAUUGAAAGAAGAACAGACUGACUGGAAGGAUAAAGCGCAAGCCGAAGGUAAAGCAGCAGUCCAAGAAUGGAAGGACCAGCUCGAAGCUGCUCCUUCCACAUCUCCCAUCGACAGACAAGCAUAA